AGCCAUUUUGACUCAAGCUUGAGCGCGCGGCGUUAGCUGGCAGGUGCCAGGGAACAGCAGACAGCGCCCCGGUUUCGGCAGCGAGGCACGCGGAGAUGGUGCCCGCCUCCUACUCUGACGAGGAGCUGCUGCACCGGCAUGAGCCUACUGCAGAGGCGCCCGCGGCGCGUCGGCCAGCCCUCCCGCGCGCGCUGCUCGGCCUGGCCCCGCCGGCGGCGUGCUGUGGCGCGGCGCUGGCGCUCUCCGGCGCGGCAUCGCACGGCGCGCCGCGGGGCUCGUCCCUGAGGGGGGGUUCAGCAGAAGAACUUCUGGAGCGACCUGAAGUACCAGGCGGGCUUCGGCAGUGACGACGAGGGGAAGCCCGUGUCCCUCCCCGACCUGCCGACCAAGGGCGACAUGGAGGGCCUGAAGGAUGCCGUGGGUGGCGUGGACGAGGAGACGGCGGGGAAGCUCCAGGCGGGCAUCCAGGGCAUGGCGGAAGAGGCCCAGAAGAACGCGGGCGACGCCAAGGAGAAGAUCAAAGGUGCGGUCGAAGACAAGAUGGACGACGCGAAGUCCAGCAUGGAGAAAGUCAAGGGCAACCUCGAGGACGCCAAGAAGGGUGCCGAGUCCAGCGUGAGCAGCAUCAAGAAAGACGUCGAGGCCAAGGUGCCCGACAUCCAGGGCAAGCUGGGCAGUGCAGCUGCCGCGUGCAAGGACGCCGGCGUGUCCUGCCCCGACCUGGACAAGGCGCAGAGCAAGAUCGAAGAGGCGAAGGCGGGCGUCUCCGAUGCCAAGGAGAAGCUCGAGGGCGCAGUCGCGGACCACGCCGGUGCAGACAACAUCAAUGAGGUCGAGGGCAAGGUGGAGGACGCCAAAGAGGAAGCCGAGGAGGCCAAGGACAAGUUGGACAGCGGCCUCAAGGACAGCCCGGCUUCCACGGGCUCCGUGGAGGACAAGGUCAAGGAGGGCGUCGACAAGGUCAAGAGCGAGCACGACACGGUCGGCAGCGCCGAGGACGAACUGAAGGGCGCGAAGACGAAGCUCGAAAGCGCCAGCGACGACGUCAAGGGCAUGUCCGAUAAGAUCGACGACGCGAAGAGUACGGUGGGCGACGCGGCGGACGAACUGAAGGGGAAGGUCGAGGACAAGAUGGCAGACGCGAGCGACGCCCUGGAGAGCGUCAAGGGUCAGCUCGAAGACAAGCUCAAGAACCCAGACGGCAGCCGCCUGCUGAAAAAGGGCGACGCGGGCAGCGCCCCCGUCGACAAAGACAAAGUGAAGGAGGCGCUCAGCAACGUCGAGGACGCGCAGACAAAGCUGGAGGGCGUGAAAGAAAAAGUUGAAAAGAACGCGGAGGGCAUCAAGGAGAAGGUCGCGGGCAAGCUGGACGAAGCCAAGGGCAACGCGAAGGACGUCGGCGACAGCCUGAAGGAGUCGCAGGGCGGCAUCAAGGGCGUGACCGACAAGCUCGACGGCGUGAAGGAGAAGCUCGAGGACGGGGUGCAGGACAAGAUGGAUGAAGUGAAGGGCAAGGUGGUGGAUAAGGUGAAGGAGAAGGCGGGUGACAACGUGGGUGAUACGGUGAAGGAGAAGCUGGACGGGAUCAAGCUCCCCCGAUGAGCGGACUUGAGUUUCCGUCCGCAUGCCUCCUCCCCAGCGUCGAACUUCUACCAUCUUAAUCCCUCUCUCCUUUCCCCUCUCUCUCUCUCUUUUUCUCUCUCUCUCUCUCUCUCACUCUCUCGCUCUCCUUCUCUCUCACUCUCGCGUUAUCUCUUUCUUUGUUGAAGACGCACAAAGCACCGGACUAGGAUAGCUGAUUUAAGACAUGUCCUGACUGCGGGCACCAAAGCCUUCCCUCGUGCGCCAGUCAUUGGGACGCGGCUCGCCCGCACGUGACGGGUGCCAUCAAUGUUGUACAGGUGUGCAGGCGCCUGUUGCGUGACACCGCAGCAGAGCUCACUGCUUGAGAACAGCUGCUUUGUAGUAUGUAGCAUGCACUUACGCCCGUCCCGUUGCGGCAGUGGCAGGAGGCAGAGCCGAGGGGCGGCAGGAGAGCCCUCGAGCCCCUGCGGGCCCGCGGAGCCGCACAAAGGUGGGACGCGGCCGUGCUGGCGCCCGUGGGCCGUGCGGAGACCCCGCUGCACAAAGUCGUGUCGGCCUCCCGCUCGCGCCCGGAA